GGUCCUGAAUCAGCCAUUUGAACUUGUUGUUUACCUUCUGAACAGAGAGAGAGAAAAUGAUGCAAAAAAUAAUCAAGCGGAUCGGACCCAAAUAUGUCUCCAUUGCCAGAACGUGGGUUCCCACGCUGGUCGGAUGGGGUACAGUUGGUGGCCUGGCUGUUGUCUAUUUUACAGACUGGCGGAUGAUUCUGGAUUAUGUUCCCUACAUUAGAGGCAAAUUCAAGAAGGACGACUAGUUGUCCAAAUCUGUGGAAAUCGGUUGCUGUGCAUUUUUACAGGGAACAAAUCAAGCUGAUGCUUUGACUAGCCAGUAUAGGCGGCGCUGGUGAUGUGACAUUCAGCCAUAAAGACCGAAGAUCUGUCACUUCAUUUUAUGUGUUGAAUAAUAUCUAAUGAUGUUGUUUUUUCUGUGUAAAUCAGACUAGCAUGUCUUGCUAACAAGUUGUUGUCUGUACAGGGAGCUGGAAAUGGUUCUGUUUUAUGCUUGGCACAUCACUCCGCUUGAGUUUGCACACUGAGCCUGCAAGUUUUAUAUUGCGUUACUUUUGUGAAUAAAUGGUAAUGUUUCUCUA